UACCCUGGAGCCGAAGUCGCCGCGCCGCGGCCGCCCACGGCUGACUGUCUCCGCCCCUGCUCUGGCGCCGUGUUCAAACCUCCCGCACCCCGGUCCCCUCCGCCCCUGCCCCGCUUCUUCCCCUGCCCCUCCCCCCCCCCCCGCAGCGAGUCAGGCACCCCCACCCCCUCUUUAGCCGACAGACGCUGAGGCCCCGCGAAGAGAAGGCAAGGCUGCGGGCGCCGAGUCCGUGCUGAGGAGGGGCCGGAGGGGGUUGGAGGUGGGCUUUGGGGUGGGCGUGGAGACGGGGGGAGUUGGGGGUGCGGGGCGAGGCCGGGCUUUAGGGGCGCUGGUGAGGUGGCUUUCGUGGACAGGCGCGUGCGAGUGGACUUGUUAAAGGAUUAGGGAUGGGGGAGGAUUUGGGGACGCGGGGAAGAGAAAGCCCCUAGGAAAGUAAAUCUCCAGCCCGGCACUAGGAGGGUCCCGGGAAGAGGGGAAUUUGAGGGGAACGAGUUGGGGGGAAAGGUUGAUUUGGUGAUUGGGAAGAGAAGGAAGGGAACGCAUUGCAGGAAUGCUUAGGGGUUCAGAGUUAUUAGAAAACCCCAGAGGCCUGUAGACUGAAGAUGGGAAAGGAGGACCAGAGUCAAGAAGGGGAAAGAGGCUGUGAGGCUUUGGGUAGCUCUGGGAUGAUAAAUGAUGGGAAAUGAAGACUGGUUAGCGUGGAGAGGAUCUUUGGUGCAGGCUGUGAAAUUUUUAUGAAUCCUUCAGAGAUCGAUGAGAGGAGGAACGAGUUGGCCCCCCAAAAUGCCUUUUGGCGUAGAUGAGUUGGAGUGGGUGCUCAGACACUUGGUGUUUUAAGUUGGCAGGACCACGGGAUAGUGUUUUAAUAGUGGUGAAGAACACGGGUCCGAUUCACCUGAGCCUCAUCUGCUCUCUUGGACUCACCUGGGCUUAAUCCCCUCUCAUUAUCUCACCUGAACAGGAAAAAAGCCUAUCUUCUGGUUGCUAUUGUGAAUUGUGGACUAAAGAUACAUAGAGAAAACAGAUGGUACAGACCUGAAUAUUAUCCCCAGGAUCUGAAGACUCAAAAAUUGCUUUUCAGGCUUGUUGUGAAUUUUUCUGAGAAGAAUCUGUGAAAUUAUGUGAAUAGAGACUAUUUUGCAAAGCCAUGGGGGAAAGAGAAAGAAGUCCAGCUACUGAUCGAGAAGAUAAGACAAGCAGAAGCCAUUACUGUUCAUCUGGUUUUGGAACUACUGCACAGUCUUGUGGCCGGUCGUCGCUGGUGCAUCCCUCCCCACCUGCAAGUAUUAAGGGAAAACAUCCUAAAAAACAGACUUCAGAUAGCCAAGUGGAUCAUCACGCCCCUAGGAAACCAAGCCCUAAGGGUCCACCAAACAGAAAGGGAGUCCGAGCAGGAUUUCGCUCCCAGAGCCUCACUAGGCAGCCAUUUCCGAAAGAUCCUGAUCUUGUUACAAAACAGGUUCUUUGUGCAAGACUGCUAAAAAUCAAUGAAUUGCAGAAUGAAGUAACUGAACUCCAGGUCAAGAUAGCCGAGCUGCUAAAAGAAAAUAAGGCUUUGAAAAGGCUUCAGUACAGGCAGGAGAAAGCCCUGAAUAAGUUUGAGUAUACAGAAAACGAAAUCUCACAACUUAUUGCUCGUCAUAACAAUGAGAUUAGAGCACUCAAAGACCACUUAAGAAAAUCUCAAGAGAAAGAAUGGGCAAAUGAAAAAAAGGCAAAAGAGACGGAAGGUGAACUACUUAGGACAAAAAUUUCCUUACAGAAACUGAAAAAGAUCUCUGAAGCUAAACACCUACCUGAACGAGUUGAUUUAGCAAAGAAACUCGCUUCUGCAGAGUUAAAAUUAGAUGACACAGAGAGAAGAAUUAAGGAUCUAUCAAGAAACUUGGAGCUAAGUACUAAGAGUUUCCAGCGACAGUUGCUUGCCGAAAGGAAAAGGGCAUGUGAGGCUCAUGAUGAAAAUAAACUUCUUCAAAAAGAGCUACAAGGACUGAAAGACAAAUUAAAGGAAAAGGAGAGAGAACUGGACAUAAAAAACAGAUAUUCUAAUCGUCUGCCAAAGAUUUCUCCAAAGAAAGAAAAAGAAUUUACAUCAACAAUAAAUGCUGCAUGCCAGAGUGAUUUUACAAACCAGUGUACAAAAGGAGUACAAACCAAUGAAGACUUCAAGCUGGAGGAAUAUCCCAUAACACCACAGACAGUUAUGUGUUAUGAAAACAAAAGGGAAGAACCUGAACGUCUUUCUUUGGAUAUGGAAUCUCAAGAGAGAGAUAAUCUUGGAGAAGCUGGGAUUCUAAACCCAACUGUGGAAAGAGAAGACAAAUUUGCUAAAGAUCAAGGACUCCGUGUUGUGAAACAGGAUGUUGAGAAGCUGGAAAAUGGGUGGGAAAGAGAAGAACUUGCUAAAAAGCCAAAGGAAAAGAUAUCUUUGUUGGAGAGAGAAGGGAAGCCAGUGUUGGAAACUGGACAAUACCAAGUGGAAAUGUAUCAAGUUCAGAAAAUUGAUAAACUGGAAGAAGAGAGGCUAAAGAAAGAAAUGCUACUUGCUAAACGGAAUGAAAUCAACAGAGAACAAGACUCUCAGAAUAUAAAAUAUCCUUCGCUGCCAUCGCUUCCCGACUUAAAACGAAAACUGCGUUCCCCAGAGAGAGACCCAAGAACACACAUGUCCUCCGGAUCCUCAGAGAGAUUUUUUAACGGGCAUCAUUUGCAAGACCUCAAUCUUUCAACGACCAAAGGAGAUGGUCAGAAUCCAGGCCAUACUCGAAGCCCAGCCUCUCCAGUUGAGCUUGUGUUUGGUAGCUAUGUGCCUUCAUUUGCAAAAACACCAGUGAGGUCAAAUCCAGUUAGCCAGAAAAGUGACCUUUUGGGUUUCUCAGGAAAUAAUACAGAGAAAUUUAGUAAAGACGGUACAGAUUCAAUUCCCAGACAAGAAAGAAAAGCCAACCUGAUGGAACUGCUGUUUGGUACCAGUGGCAGCAGCAGCCUUUCCUCUAAAAGCAGUGACCCAGAUUCUCUGGCUGCCACUAAAGACGGUGACCCUCUAAAUUUUCUCCCUGGGGAUAAAAGCAGCUGGGGUAGGGAACAUAGAGAUGAUGAUGACUCUUUGCUCAGCGAAGGAAGACGUUUUAAUCCAAGUAGACACCGAUUAAGACGUGCAAACAGUAAGCCAGCGGUAAAAGCAGUUGAUUCUGUAGAAGAUGAAAUUGAAGAAGUAGUGCUGAGAUGACUGACUAGAAUGUUUUUUUCCAAUUGUAAUUAUUAAGAUAUUUUAAUACAGUAUUUAGCUGAUUCAAGAGGUAAAACCUAUUUGCAAAAAGGAAGUGAGAUACAUCUCUGUUUGCACAAAGAAAGUAAGAUACAUCUCUAUUUUCGGUUUUAUUCAAAAGAGCCUCCUUCCUUAUUGGCAAACUAGCUACAUGGUGUGGUAUGAGCUACUUUUCACUGUAUUUAUAUACUAAAAAUUAUUCCUUAAUAAGGACUUUUUAAUACAUUAAUAAAAAAUAUAAUACAUUAAUAAAAAUAUAUUAAAAAGUCCUUAUUAAGGAAUAAUUUUUAGUAUAUAAAUACAGUGAAAAGUAGCUCAUACCACACCAUGUAGCUAGUUUGCCAAUAAGGAAGGAGGCUCUUUUGAAUAAAACCGAAAAUAGAGAUGUAUCUUACUUUCUUUGUGCAAACAGAGAUGUAUCUCACUUCCUUUUUGCAAAUAGGUUUUACCUCUUGAAUCAGCUCUAUGAGGAGUUUUACUCCAUUGGCAUACACAUUCAUUUUCUGUUUUAUCCCUAUUAUUUUUGGUCCUAUCCUCACUGAGCUAAAUACAGUUUUCCCACUGAUGGUUGCAUGGAAAUGAAGCGAGAGGCGCUGUAGGGAAGUGCAGUUCCCAGAGGUGGGGAGCUGGUGCUACUAGGAACCUCUCCACUGUGACUCGGAGUGAAGGGGGUCCCUUUCUAACAUGCCAAGGCUGAGCUCUUAAGUGGAAACAGUGACAACGUGGGAAUUUCCCAUUCUUCUGGAAGUAACCACAGUUAAAUGCUACUUAUUUCGCAGUGAGAGAGUCUCAGUACAUCACUUACCUAUAGCUGUGCUAACUCAUCAGGUUGAAUUCAGAAGACGUCUUUCUGUUCGCAGGAAUAAUGCCCUCCCUGUUUUGGCUUCCAGAGGCUCCGGUGAAGUGUAAUCAGUAAUUCCUCUCCUUGAACUCCUAACGCUCUUUGUAUCUCAGUGAUCGAUUGUGAGAUGUCAUACCAAAUGCACAGAAUGGAAGAAAUUUCAUCCCACUAGAGCAAGAUUUUCAACUCAAUUAUGAUUCCAGAGUAACAUAACUUGGAAAUUUUAAUAUGUACUUUAAGAUUUGAACUUACAGUCAAACCAAAGAGACAAUGAUAAUGUGAUACCAUUGGACUUAAGAGGACUAGUUUUAAAGCAGCCUUGGUGAAAAGUGUUUUACAGAUGGAGCUCCUCCCUUGCUGAGUUGGGUGUUUGGGUUUUUUUUGCUGUUUCAUAGUUCACUUCAGCUGCAAAGGAGUCGAUGACCUUGGAUUAUGCUGGGUGGGCAUGAUUGGUCUUUAAGAAGCAGAAAUAUACCACCAACCUAGGAGAAAAGGCAGUGCAAAUGAAGAGUGGUGGAAAUAGUGUGUCAGGGAAAGAAUAAGUGGUGAUUGGCACUUAUUCUAAAGUGAACUGUUGUUUUCAAGAAUUUGCUACAUAUUUGUUCGUAGUAGGAUUUCUGAUGCCAAGCAUACAUACUGAUCAGGGGAUCAGAGUUACUAUCUUGAGUUCUUAUAAAUGAUUAUUGAAUAUAAUUUCAUAAUUAUCUGACAAAACUUACUGGUUAGGUCUCUAAUUAUAAGAUGUACUACCUACAUCUUCUAAAUUGUGUUCCUGUUACUUACUAGGAACUGAAUUUCUCAAAAGUGCUAAACUAUAUCAAAUUUUUUUAUAAAGAGAUUUUUGGAUUGAUAUAAAUAAGCAUUUACUAUGUUGUAAAUCAUUCUAAUAUAUGUAAACCACAAUAUUUUUGUAAUGCAGUUCUUGAUAUAAUAUUAUCUAAUGUUAAUUUUUUUUCAUAGCUGCUAAUUUUUCAGCCUAAAGUAUUCUAAUUUUUAGGCUGUUUUUUUAUUAAAGGCUUUUUUCUUUCAAAAGUCCUUUAGUAAAGUUUUAAAUUCAGGUCAUUUUUUCCUACUUGAUGUUUUCCAGUCUUUUUAACCAGAUGUAAUAAGGCAGGAUUGUUAAAAUUAAAUCUAAAAUUAAAUUAUAGACUUAGAAGCAUUAUGGAGUUAAGCAUUAAAAUUGGAGAUUAAAAUAUACAGAACAAGCUUUUCCUUAUGAACAAACCUUAAUGGAUACAUUUUUUUCUAAAUGUCAAGUUAAAUUUAUUUGUACUACAAACUCUUACUAAUAAAAAUUUAAA